CCGCGGCCUUGCUGCGUCUUGGGCCGCAGCAUCUUCCCCGGGCAAGAAGCGAGCAGCCCCCGAGAGGAGACAGGCGCCUGCAGGCAACUUGGGCGGCUGCCCUCUCCGUCGGGCGCUCUGUCAGCUGCUGUGUCUGUGGCCUUUGGCCGGUGCCAGCCCAGCCCCAGUGGCCCCUUGGCGAGCUCGUGGGCGGCUCUCCUGGGGAGCAGCUUCCUGCAGGGACCGGUUGUAGCGCGCCCCGUUUUCUCGCUGCCCUUUGCAGAUGGAUCUCCUGGGCUAGGAGCGGCUCCGGUGCCGAACCGAACCCAGGCCCUCUCGGGGAUACGGGAAGGCUCAGCGCAGUGCCAUUCAGUCGACGCUGGUAUGAGACUGUCAGACCAGCAACCACCUGGCUCAGUAGUGUCUGCACUGACUGGCAGCGCACCUCUAGGGUUUCCCGGGGGUAUCUUCCCAGCUCUACCCGGAGAGGAUGGGGGCGGAGGCCCGGAAGCUUCUCCUUGCAAACGGAUUUUCUAUCACUGAGCUGCAGCAGGCAGAGGGAGCUAUUGCAGGCCUUCGCUGGUGCGUCUGUGGCAGACAGAGCGAUAGACUUCGCGUGUCAGUUUCAGGUGCAAGAGAUGCGGAAGCCGCAAUGAUGGAAGCAAGAGACCCUUACUCAAGGGCCGGGAAGGGAUGGCUGCUUCGGAGCCCACACAGAAUUGCUGGACUGACUGGAGAAUCGUGACGGUGUUACUUCAAGGACACCUGCUGCAAAUGAGCUACUAAUGAAAGGAUCCAAGAGGCAGUGAACUUGAAGAUCGCUUGAAAGUGUCACCAAAUGGCUGACGUAAGAACAUAACUCUCCUGCCAGUUCACCUGCACAAUCCCACCUCACCACUGUCCUUCUCCUCCCCCUCUCCAGGCAGAAGAAUCAGAAUAGUAGAGUUGGAAGGGGCCUAUAAGGCUAUCAGGUUCAACCCCCUCCUCAAUGCAGGAAUCCAAAUCAAAGCAUUCCUGACAGAUGGCUGUCCAGCUGCCUCUUGAAGGCCUCCAGUGUCUGGGAGCCCACUACCUCUCUAGGUGUGCUGUUUACCUUACCAUGGAAAGGCUGGUCCUGUCCCUUCUUAUUAUGAGCACUGCAGUGAAGACCAUGAUGUGUCCCACGCGCUGCAUGUGCCAAAGCUUGUCCCCAUCCUUCACCAUCCUCUGCACAAAAACUGGGUUGCUCUUUGUUCCUCCGAGCAUUGACCGGCGAACAGCAGAGCUCCGGCUGAUGGAUAACUUCAUCACCACGCUCAGACGGAAGGAUUUUGCCAACAUGACAAGCCUGAUUCACUUGACGUUGUCCCGAAACACAAUCAGUCAGAUUAUGCCUUAUGCGUUUUUUGAUCUUAAAGGCCUUCAUGCAUUACAUCUGGAUAGUAAUAGACUCACCUAUAUCAAUGAGGAUCACUUCAAAGGGUUAAUUAAUCUUCGUCACUUAAUUCUCAGUAACAAUCAGUUAAACUAUAUUUCUCCUGGAUCUUUGGAUGAUUUCAUUGACACAAUUGAGGAUCUGGAUCUGUCCUAUAAUAAUCUUGUUAAUAUACCUUGGGAAACAGUUGGGAGGCUGUCAAACGUCAACACCAUCAGCUUGGACCAUAACCUCAUAGAUUUUAUCCCUGAAGGAGUCUUCUCAAACCUUCACAAGCUGGCUCGGCUGGACAUGACCUCCAACAAACUGAAAAAGAUCCCCCCUGACCCUCUGUUCUCCCGCAUCCCUGUGUAUGCCAAGCCAAAGGGAUCCCCCUUGUCCUCUUUGGUGAUGAGCUUUGGUGGGAAUCCCUUGCACUGUAACUGUGAACUCGUGUGGUUACGACGCCUGACUCGGGAAGAUGACCUAGAGACAUGUGCCUCCCCUCCAGAGCUGAUGGGUAAGUAUUUCUGGUCCAUUAGGGAGGAGGAGUUUGUCUGUGAGCCUCCCAUGAUUACUCACAGAACCCCAAAGCAGGUUGUUAUGGAAGGACAGGGUGUUUCUUUGAAGUGUAAAGCUGUGGGUGACCCAGAGCCGUAUGUCCGCUGGAUUUCACCUGGGGGAAAAUUAGUCUCCAACUCUUCCCGAACAAUUUCUUUUGAGAAUGGUACUUUGGAUAUCUUGGUGACUUCUGCAGAGGAAAAGGGCACAUUUACUUGUAUAGCAUCCAAUGCUGCAGGGGAGUCCACUGCGCCAGUUGAACUCUUGGUUAAUCCAUACCCUCACCUUGCUAACAGCACAAACUGUGAUAAGGAAGCUGAUCCAGGCCCUUCGGACAUUCUUAUCUCCUCCAAGUCAAGCUUCCCCAAUGAAACCAAAUCCCGGCAAGAGAGGAAAGUUGUGGUUGCUGAGCUGAGCUCCUCCUCUGUCCUCAUCCAGUGGCCUUCCCAGCACCACAUCCCAGGAAUCCAGAUGUUCCAGAUCCAGUACAACAGCUCUGCUGAUGACAUUCUGGUGUACAGGAUGAUCCCUGCUGCCAGCAAGUCCUUCUUCCUGACGGAUCUGGUUGCUGGGCGUGACUAUGAUCUUUGUGUCCUUGCUGUUUAUGAAGAUGGUGUGACGUUUCUGACGGCGACCAUUGUGGUUGGAUGUGUGCAGUUCACCACGGACGAAGAGUACAGGCAGUGCCAGUCCCUCCAUGCCCAGUUCCUGGGUGGAACAAUGAUUAUAAUCAUUGGAGGCAUCAUUGUGGCAUCUGUUCUUGUUUUCAUCUUCAUUCUUCUGAUGAAGUACAAAGUUUACACUAACCAUCACAAAAAUAAACAUGCUAAAGUGAACAAUGUUUGUUCUCAGACCAAUGGCAGCCAAAGUGGCUCUGUGGCUCGCUCCAGUUCCAAAUUGGCGGAGGGGCUACAACAGGAAUGCUCAGGACUGCCUAUCAGGGGCAAAACUGUGGUAGAUCUAGAGUGUGAAAGAGCAACUUCUACAGACAUGACCAUUUUAAGAAGUGACGGCUUGUCUCAGUAGCCACACUGACCCCAGGUGAAUAGCACAAAACAAUAACUCAUGUGGUUGUAUUUUAAGCUUCAUUACUAUUGUCUAUUUUUAAGAUCAGAUGGUUUAAAAAACUAUUUUUUUAAUCUGUAAAAGUUCUUGCAUUCUUAACUAUUUUUGUUGCACUAUAUUAAAUAAAGUGUGUUAUU